AUGCGCAGUCGCACGCGGAACUCAGGCACGCCGGAACCUUGUGAGCAGGUCCAGGUCCUGGCGGAGGCGGUCCGUCUGCGAGCUCUUCCGACACCAGUGACAUGAGGCUGUGGCCGCAGGCGUGGGUUGCCGUCCGAGGCGCUUGGCGCGAGUGCUUCCCUCUGCAAGGUCACGAUGUAGCACGCUGGUUCCCUGGCCACAUGGCCAAAGGACUAAAGAAGAUGCAGAGCAGACUGAAGUCGGUGGAUUGUGUUAUCGAGGUUCAUGACGCGCGGAUCCCAUUUUCAGGUCGAAACCCUCUGUUCCAAGAGCUACUUGAUCUGAAGCCGCAUUUGCUUGUCCUUAACAAAAUGGACUUGGCGGAUCUUACAGAGCAACAGAAAAUUGUGCAGUGCUUAGAAGAAAAAGGCCUGAAAAAUGUCAUUUUUACAAACUGUGUAAAGGAUGAAAACAUCAAGCAGAUCGUCCCAAAAGUCAUGGAGCUGAUCGGGUGCAGCUACCGCUACCACCGAGCAGAGAACCCAGAAUACUGCAUCAUGGUGGUCGGUGUCCCCAAUGUAGGCAAAUCCUCCCUCAUCAACUCCCUGAGGCGUCAGCACCUCAGGUCAGGAAAAGCUGCCAGGGUGGGUGGUGAGCCAGGAAUCACAAGAGCUGUGACAUCCAGAAUCCAGGUAUGUGAGCGUCCACUGAUGUUCUUGCUGGAUACUCCUGGGGUGCUGGCUCCUCGAAUUGAAAACAUGGAGACAGGCCUGAAGCUGGCCCUGUGUGGAACUGUGUUGGACCACCUUGUUGGGGAAGACACCAUGGCUGAUUAUCUCCUUUACACUCUCAACAGGCAUGGGCUGUUUGGGUAUGUGCAGCACUACGCCCUGGCCAAUGCCUGUGACCAAAUAGAGUGGGUGCUGAAGAACGUGGCUAUCAAGCUGGGGAAGACACGGAAAGUGAAGGUUCUCACAGGCACAGGUAACGUCAAUGUUAUCCAGCCUGAUUAUGCCACGGCAGCCCGAGACUUCCUCCGGACUUUCCGCAGUGGGCUGCUGGGCCAGGUGAUGCUGGACCGUGACAUUAUACCUGCUUGCUGAUGACAUUAACCCCUGGACUGGCUGGCUGGAAUAUGGUCUCCUGCAUACUCUAUCGACUACAGCUGGAAUGUUUAAUGCUCAGAACUACCCCUCCAAUGCAGAAGCUCUCUGUGCUGGUACCUGAGACUCAGGCCCCAGCUCCAAAGGGCACUAUAUUCUCUUGUCUACUAGAGCCUGGUCAGUCCUGCCUACUACCAUCAGGCCCCAGGAAUCCUGCAUAUGUGGCUUGGUCAAGAGAUUUUCUCAGUCUCAAGAAGAGAUUUAUGCUAUCUCAGAGGAGUCUAAGUUAUAAUCUGUAAUUUAAAAAAAAUAGGUUAAAAGGCCCACUUUUUUUUUUAAUCUCUCUCUGGCUUCUCUUAUUUUACUUUAUUUAUUUUUUUGCUAUUUUCAGUCAAAGUUUCAUCAUGUGGCUUGGGCUGGUCUCAAACACAUUCCUUCUGCCUUAGCCUCCUGAGUGCUAGGAUUAUACAGGUGUAUGCCAUGACACCGAUUAAAAGACCUAUUUUCUGA